AUGGGCAGUUGUACUUGGUGGGAAAGAUUCCUUCAGACGAGGUCACGGAAAAGAGAGAAGCAGCCGGGCCCAUUUCCGUUCCCGAAGCCCGGGUGGCAAGAUCGUACUGACUUGGAAAACCUCUUAUUUAAGCUGAAAAGGCAUAUCUUCUGGAACAAGGUACUUCCGGACGGGUGCACGUUUCUCUCGUGGGCCGUGGAGUUUGAGGACGAAGAAAUUGUUAAAUGGCUUCUGGAUACGGGAGCGAACCCCAACAUUCGUGACACGGUGGAACCUCGGAUGACCCCCUUGAUAAAGGCAUUGAAGCUUGGCAACAUGACCAUGGUCGACCUGCUCAAGGAGAAAGACAAAUCUUCGAUGCAUAUUUUGGCGGACGAAGCUGAUGAUAUAGGUGAAGAGCAAGCCUUGGACCUCGCACGCAAGCUUCUAGGUCAAGGGUACGAACUCAACAAGCGGGAUUUGAAAGGUCAGAAUCCCGUCCACAUUGCAUGUCGUAAGGGAAGAACACGCUUAGUUGAGGAGUUUCUGCAUCCGGAUUAUGGUGAACAAAACGCCUUCGUUCAUCAGCAGGACAAUAGCGGGAAAACGCCGAUGCAGUAUGCAAUCGACAACGAGGACAUUGUCAAGCUUUUGAUCCAACACGGCGCGGACCUCAGUGAUGUGCAAGCUGCAAGCCUGUUCAAAAUCAGAGAAUCAAAGCCGGUCUGCGUCCAACUGACUAGCAAUCGUCGGGCCCAUUACCAAACUCUUCUUCUGAUCAGUGACAAUGAUGAAGCACGAGAGCUGUGGAACCCGCAGCCUGGACACAUCAAAUUACGUCUCUUCGAUAGAGGUUCGAAAAUACCAGACUUUCACAGCUUUAAGGUCAAGGAAGAUCCUGUUUUACGUCGUGGAUACUGUCAAUUCUUCCAGUCAAAACGGUCAAGUCAACCGGAACAACACGCAAGGCUGCAAAGCUGGUUCAAAGCCCACGUAACUGGACUCACGCAUGUGGUGAAUAUCGACCCAUAUUUGCGGAAAGAAAAGGGCCCGCUUAUGGAAAUAAUACGGGAGAUGGACCAGGAAGUCAGUUCGGGACUUGCUCGCAUCGAGCAAAGUAUUCGUGAGUUACUGCAGAUUGAAAUUGCAUGGAUCUCCAUUAGCGAGGCCAAAAGCAUCAAACGGCUCACUUGGAUUACUUUCAUAUUUCUCCCCCUUAUGCUCGCGUCGAGCCUUUUCGGGAUGAAUAUAAACCUUCUGAAAGACAAUCCCAACUGGAGAUGGUUCCUUCCUAUUGGAGUGACGUUGGUACUUUUGACAUUCGCUUUAUGGCUGCUCUUUGACUGGUACUACCCCGUUGGCUGGGACGCAUGUUGGGACAAGACCGAUCUCUCCGAAUCGGACGAGGAUGUCCUUGAGAAGCCCAAGUUGCCCGAUACAUGGACGAAGCUUGACUACAUCCCUGCGAAAACACCUUUUUAUACGGGAAGCCAGCCAUUACAUUGCAUUGAGGCGAAGACAAAGCCUCAGGUUAAUCCCGCAGUCAAGCCGAUCUACCACGAUCCCAAUCACCCGGACACCGAUGUCGGCCCCGGCCGAGAACGGCCCAACUCCCUGCAGCCUGACUUGACCGCUGCCGACCUGUUCGGCGGCGGCCCUGAUGAGUCCAACAGGUUGGAAGCAUUUUAA